AUGAAAGAAUAUACCUUUGCAAAAACUAAUUAUCAAAUAUUGGAUAGUUUAAUCUCAUCUUACUUAUCUUUAAAAAAUUCUGUCAAAGCUAUUGAUAAAUACGGAUUCACUAUCGAUAUUAAAACAAUUAAUACUCAAAUUCAAACACAAAUUGAUAUAAAUUUGAAUUUAAUAAAACAAUAUAAAGAAGUUCAGUUAUCUAGAUGUAUUGAUCCAAAAAAAGAUUAUUGUGGUCUUAAUCAACCCGUUUGUGGAUUUAAAAAAAAAAUUAAUAAAAGUUUUGAAGAUUGUGUAAGAUGUGAAGUGUUAGAAGAAAUGAAUAUUGUAUUGGAUAAACUUUUUUAUAUUUGUCUUCAAGAAGGAUAUAAAGAAUUUCCAGAUGGAAAAACCUGUCUUUAUAGAACAGCAAUAUAUUUUUCUAUUAUUGAUGGUGUAGUUCUUCAACGAAUAGAACCUGAAAAAAAUGAAGAUUGGAUCACAUAUGAUUUAAAAGAAUUAUCAAAUCUUAAAGUUACAUCAUCGGUAGAAACAAAAUCUUAA